GUCUUUUUGUUGAAAAUUUGACUUCUAAAGUUGUAAUAUCAACAUCCGGGGAACUCUAAACUUACGUAGAGUGAAAUAAAAAAUUCAACUUAAACAGCUAAACUAUGCAAGAGCCAGAAGACUCUGUAACCAUAAGCAAAGAUGUGGAAAGGUAUAAGCCUCGCAGCUAUCAACUUCGCCUGGUUGACUACCUAACGAAGCGCAAUGGCAUUGUCUACCUGCCCACAGGAUCAGGGAAAACGUUCGUGGCGAUCCUGGUCCUGAAGCGCUUCUCCCAGGACUUGGACAAACCCAUCGCAAAAGGCGGAAAGCGUGCGUUGUUCAUGUGCAAUACUGUGGAAUUGGCCCGACAACAGGCGGUGUCCGUCAGGCGGAACACCAACUUUAAGGUUGGCUUUUAUGUGGGUGAACAGGGAGUGGACGAAUGGACGCGCGGAAAGUGGAGUGAAGAAAUCGAAAACAACCAAGUUCUUGUUGGCACGGCCCAGGUCUUUUUGGAUAUGGUCACCCAGAAGAACAUGGCUCUAAACUCUAUAAGCGUUGUCAUUAUAGACGAGUGCCACCACGGUACUCGUCACCACCCAUUUCGUGAGUUCAUGCGAUUGUUCACUAUUGCUGAUCAAACAAAUUUGCCGCGCGUGGUGGGUCUCACCGGGGUGCUAAUCAAGGGAAAUGAAAUUACGAAAGUGGCCACAAAACUUAAAGAGCUGGAGAUCACAUAUCGGGGAAACAUCAUUACCGUGUCCGGCUCCAAGGAGAUUGAAAACGUGAUGCUGUACGCCACCAAGCCCACAGAGGUCAUGGUGUCCUUUCCACAUCAAGAGCAAGGGCCCACGGUUGCAAGGUUCAUAAUCGCACAAAUUAAACAGUUCUUUGUGUCCUUAGAGCUCAUGAAUAUUGGCGUUCAACCGGUGCGAAGGUCAAAGUCAUUGCAUAGCCCGCGGGAUUCGUCGAAGAAGGGCUUUGUAAAGCAGUUGUUCAACGACUUUGUGUACCAGCUGGAAGAGUACGGCAUCUACGCAGCUUCCAUAGCCAUAAUAUCGUUAAUUGUCGAGUUCGAUUUAAAGAGGCGCCAGGCCGAGACGCUAAGCGUGAAGUUGAUGCAUAGGACGGCCUUGACCUUGUGCGAGAGAAUCCGUCACUUGCUGGUGCAAAAACUGCGGGACAUGACAGAUGACGACGACGGUCCUGAUGACGACGUGAACACUGAGAACAUCAUUAUGAACUUCUCCACCCCGAAGAUUCAGCGAUUCCUGAUGAGUCUUAAGGUAUCUUUCGCUUAUAAGGAUCCCAAAGAUAUCUGCUGCCUGGUCUUUGUUGAACGCCGCUACACCUGCAAGUGCAUCUAUGGCUUGCUGCUCAACUACAUCAAUUCUACUCCUGAGCUGCGAAACGUGCUUACUCCCCAAUUCAUGGUGGGCCGCAACAGUAUUUCCCCAGACUUUGGGAACGUCUUGGAGAGAAAACAUCAAAAAUCUGCCAUUCAAAAGUUUCGGGAAGGUAAUGCCAAUCUGAUGAUAUGUUCAAGCGUCCUAGAAGAAGGCAUCGAUGUGCAGGCCUGCAAUCAUGUCAUUAUUCUUGAUCAUCUUAAAACCUUUAACAUGUACGUGCAGACAAAGGGUCGGGCUCGUUCCCCUGAGGCCAAAUUCGUGGUGUUCACGACUGAGAGGGACAGGGAAAAGACGUGUCAGCAAAUUUGUCAGUAUCGGAAUGCGCAUGAUGAGAUUGCCGAAUAUUUAAAGGAACGAGUUCUAGAACAGGCUAUGCCAGAAUUGUACGAAAUCGAAAAACACUUCCAGGACGUUAUUAAGCCUUACACCAAUGAGUAUGGUGCCGUUUUGCUUCCCAGCAAUGCCCUAACCCUACUGCAUCGCUAUUGCCAGAAAAUUCCCACGGAUGCUUUUGGCUUUGUGAUCCCCUGGAUCAAUUUAUUGGAAGAAGGCGAACGUAAUAAGUUAUUUGGUGUUAAUGCCAAGGACAAACACGUAGUUUCAAUCAACAUGCCACUAAAUUGCAUUCUAAGGGACACAAUUUACAGCGAUCCCAUGGACAACGCUAGAAUUGCCAAAAUAUCAGCUGCCUUCAAAGCGUGUCUGGCACUCUACAGUUUGGGAGAGUUAAGCGAGAAAUUCCUACCCAAAACAUUGAAGGAGCGCGUAGCCGCUAUUGCUGACGUUCAUUUUGAGCACUGGAAUAAAUAUGGCGAUAGUGUAACUGCGACAGUAAACAAGGGCGAGAAGAACAAGCCCCGUACAUACAAGACCCACUGUCCGUUGGAGUUUUACGACGCACGUCCGCGGGUAGGUGAGCUCUGUUAUGCCUACGAGAUAUUUUUAGAGCCGCAGUUCAAAUUGUGUGAGUACACGGAACACAUGUAUUUAAACCUCCAAACACCUAGAAAUUAUGCUAUAUUGCUGCGAAACAAGCUACCACGCCUUGCAGAGAUGCCCCUGUUUAGCAAUCAGGGUAUGCUGCACGUUCGAGUGGCCGAUGCACCACUUGAAGUAACUAUCCAGAACUCCGAGCAGCUGGAACUGCUCCAUCAGUUUCACGGAAUGGUAUUCCGCGAUAUCCUGAAGAUCUGGCAGCCGUGCUUUGUGCUGGAUCGUCGCAGCAAGGAGAACUCCUACCUGGUAGUUCCUCUCAUACUGGAUGCGGAUCAACAGAAAUGUAUUGACUGGCAACUGAUGACCAAGUUUCAGAAGUUACCACAAGGUCAAGGGUCAAAUGUACAGCAACGCGAGCAACAGCCUGCUCCACGUCCUGAAGAUUUUGAGGGGAAAAUUGUUACCCAAUGGUAUGCCAACUAUGAUAAGCGCAUGCUGGUCACAAAGGUGCACCGAGAGCUAACACCGUUAAGUUUUAUGGAAAAUAACCAACAGGAAAAGACCUAUUACGAUUUCACCAUGUCAAAGUACGGCAACCGCAUUGGUGAUGUUGUUCACAAGGAUAAGUUUUUGAUUGAGGUCAGAGAUCUUACGGAACAGCUCAAUUUCUACGUUCAAAAUCGUGGAAAAUCCAAAGCGCAGAGCAAGGCUAGGUUGAAAGUAAUUUUGAUUCCGGAGCUGUGCAUCAAUUUGGAAUUUCCUGGCGAUUUAUGGAUUAAGUUGAUCUUCCUACCCAGCAUUUUGAACCGCAUGUACUUCCUUCUCCACGCGGAGUCCUUACGCAAGCGAUUUAAUACGUAUUUAAACCUCGAUCUGCUGCCUUUCAAUGGAACUGAUUACAUGCCUAAGCCACUAGAAAUUGAUUUUUCACUAAGGCGGAAUGUCGACCCCCUGGGCAAUGCCAUACCAACUGAGGAUGUCGAGGAGCCGAAAUCCCUUUUAGAGCCAAUGGCCACAAAGUCCAUUCAGGCGAACAUGGCAUCUCUUGAAAUAACAGAUUUAGAAAAUUCCUGGCAACAGUAUAUGGAACCGGUUGAUCUGUCGCGGAAUCUUUUGAGUACGUAUCCCGUGGAGCUGGCCUACUACUAUAAUUUUAGCGUUGGUAAUGUGUGUGAGCUAGAUAAUAAAGAUUUUGAAGAUAAGGAGUACUGGACAAAAAAUCAGUUCCAUAUGCCCACGGGUAAUGUCUAUGGCUACAGAAGUCCGGCCAAGACCAACGCAAACGUACCAGCUUUGAUGCCGUCUAGACCGACUGUCCGCGGGGCGGUAAAACCACUGCUCAUUUUGCAAAAAACUUUUUCCGAAGAACAUAUAACGCCAGCGGAGCAGGGCGAGUUUUUGGCUGCAAUCACUGCCUCGAGCGCAACGGAUGUUUUCGACAUGGAACGCCUAGAGAUUCUGGGCGAUUCCUUCCUAAAGCUUAGUGCCACGCUCUACCUGGCCAGCAAGUAUUCGGAUUGGAAUGAGGGCACUCUUACACAGGUCAAAUCCAAGCUUGUGUCUAAUCGUAACCUGUUGUACUGCCUCGCCGACACGGACAUCCCCAAAAAGCUCAACACCAUUCUGUUUACGCCUAGAUACACAUGGGUUCCACCCAGCAUCAGUUUGCCCCACAAUGUUCUAGCCUUGUGGCGAGAAAAGCCCGAAUUUGCAAACAUGAUUGGCCCACACAAUCUCCGUGACUUGGCUCUCGACGAUGAGGAGUCCCUGGUGAAGGGCAACUGCAGCGAUAUCAAGUACAACUGCUUCGUGGCGGGAUGUCGAGCGAAUGCUGGCUCCUUUUAUGAUGGCUCCGAUUUUUCAUCCGAGGUAAACUACUGCGUGGGACAGGUCACGAUUGCCAACAAGGUGAUAGCCGAUACCCUUGAGGCGCUAUUGGGCGUGAUCGUUAAGAAUUACGGACUGCAGCAUGCCUUCAAGAUGCUAGAGUACUUUAAGAUUUGCCGGUCGGAUAUUGACAAGCCUCUUACUGAGUUACUGAACCUCGAACUGGGCAGCAAGAAUAUACGGGCGAACGUGAAUACCACAGAAAUAGACGGCUUUCUCAUAAAUCACUCUCAUUUGGAACAUAAUCUGGGCUACACGUUUAAGGAUCGGCGAUAUUUGCUGCAGGCCCUCACCCAUCCUUCGUAUCCCACUAAUCGCAUCACUGGGUCCUAUCAGGAGCUGGAAUUUAUUGGCGAUGCCAUACUCGACUUUCUAAUCUCUGCCUAUAUUUUUGAGAACAAUACGAAAAUGAAUCCGGGCGCCCUCACAGAUCUGCGUUCCGCUUUGGUCAACAAUACUACGCUGGCAUGCAUUUGCGUGCGGCAUCGUUUGCACUUUUUUAUCCUAGCGGAGAACGAAAAGCUCUCCGAGACCAUAUCCAAAUUCGUGAAUUUCCAGGAGAGCCAGGGUCACCGGGUGACCAACUAUGUGCACAUUCUGCUCGAGGAAGCUGAUGUUCUGCCGACCCCGCUGGACUUGGAUGACGAAUUGGAGUUACCGCAUGCAAAUGAAUGCAUUUCUCAGGAAGCAGAGCAAGGAGUCCCACCAAAGGGUGAGUUCAACAUGUCCACAAAUGUGGACGUGCCAAAGACAUUGGGGGAUGUUCUGGAGGCCCUUAUUGCAGCCAUAUACCUGGACUGCCGAGAUCUCCGACGCACUUGGGAUGUCAUUUUCCGUCUCUUCGAGCCGGAGCUUCAGGAGUUCACGCGCAAUGUGCCCAUCAAUCCUAUACGCCAGCUCAUUGAGCACAAGCAUGCGAAGCCCGUGUUCAGCUCGCCCAUUAUGGAUGGGGACACUUUGAUGGUUGGUUGUCAAUUUACCUGCAUGGAAAAGUCGAUUAAGGUUUACGGAUUUGGGAGCAAUAAGAACCAGGCCAAGCUAUCGGCUGCCAAGCACGCCCUUCAGCGGCUAAGCAUAUACGACGCCUAAUAUGAUGGUAGAACCAUGGGCUAGAAGUCCAUUCGAGUUUCCAUGUGAUUUCUGCUAAACUGCAUUGCAUUUGCUUUAUAGCCAAGAAGAAAUCAUUUGGAAGAGGACAGUAAAGAGCAUUUAAUCAACUUAACUCCAAAUCUUAGAAUUAAAAAAUACUUUUACAUUGCUUUAAUAGAUAUUAAAUGUGUAAAACAAAAUCUAAAAUAUACAUACAUAUGUAUGCUCAUUUUUGAUUAGCAUAAAUUGUUAAAAUGUCUUAAAACAAACCAAAACCAAGAGCCCAUGACAAACGGUUUUUAAUUAUUUUUUUUUUUUUAAUUUUUACCUUUUAAAAUGUUUUAACAUCAUUGUUAAAAGUAAAAUUUAGUAGCUUUAAUACAUUUGUUACCUAGGGUCGAAAUAAAUAUUUUUAUACAAUUGAA